AUUCUAAAAGCUCAAUCUUGCAUAUGAAUUUUCUUUGAAGCCAUAGCAUCCAUAAGUUUCUUCAUCUUCUUCUUCUUCAUAAGUUCUAAUAGCGGCCAUAUAUUCAUGGGUGAAGGUACUGGAAAACAAAUGGUUGAGGGUGCAUACUCGAUCAGCCAAUAUGAUAACUACGCGAAAAGGGAAGAUAGUUGGGAGAUCGUGGAAGGAGAUGACGACCAUGAUCGUGCUGAUAUGUCCGACACCACUUCGACGACAUCGAAUCGAUCUACAUAUUCAUCAGACUUUGUGGAUGAUGCAUCUUCAUCGGCAUCGUCCUCGUGUUCUUCUUCCUUGCGUUCUGGUGGAUCUCUGUACGACUUUUCAGAUCUCAUGGCCCAGUUGCCCAUCAAGAGAGGGCUUUCUAAGUAUUUUCAAGGCAAGAGUCAGUCUUUUACAUUUUUAUCAAAAGUGAAUAGUAUUGAAGAUCUUGCAAAGAAAGAGACUCCGUAUCAGAGAUCAAAAGCACUAAAAUCAUGCAAGAGCUAUGGUGGUGGCUUAGGUACCCAAAGAUCAUACACUCUAAUUCCUAAGGCCACCAUAUCUAAAGUCAAGAAGGCCUCGAGAGGUCCCUUGUCAUCUGCAUCUCUUUCCAGUAGAAGAGGCACCUCUUUAGGUAUUAUUAACAAUAAUGUCCCUACAGUUUCUGUAACGAAGAAAGUUUAACGUACGUACCCAGCAUAUACAUUUAAUACGAAAUCUUUGUUGAAACUUGAGAACACGUUUUUAUUCUUCA